AUGCGCGCGGCGCUCGAGGCCUGCGGCGAGUUCCUGGCGCGCAUCGGCGCGCUGGAAGGGGCCAAUGCCGUCGCCGACAUCCUGCGCAAGACCGGCCAGGACCUGCCCGAGUCGAGCUCCUUCCGCUGGCGCGCGCUGCUGGCCGCCAUCCGCCAGGAGCUGGAGGCCGAGCCGCUGGACGCCGCCUUCCUGUUCGAGCGGCUGCUGCAGCUGGACGCGGCGCUGCCCUCGGGCCCGAGCCAGAAGCUCUUCCGGUCGCCGCUGUUCCUCCAUCUGCUGGUGGAGAGGUUCGCUGUGGCUUUUGAGGGGCUGGACGCGGAGCUGUUCAAGCUGGAGAGCGACGAGUUGUGCCAUGCUGAAGGCAUCUACGAGACGAACGGGCAGGAGUCGGAGUUGAGCACAUUCCUUGUGGCCUUCAAGAGGAUUUUCGAGCAGGAUGAGCCAAAGGAGUGCUGGGAUGCCUUUUACGAGCUGUACCGACUCAACGACGCGGUCUUCCGGCGCGAUAUGAAGCGGGCGUUGUGCUUGAUUGAAUCGGUUGCGCUUGGCCCCACGAAGCUCGAGAUCGCUUUCCCUGCCGAAGCAGCGAGCGGUCCGAAGUGA